CCGACGGUCUGCUGCUUCUAGUUUUACCGCCGCCCUUUUUUUGUGGUUGUAAGACAGCGAAGAUUAAGAUUUUCCUGCAGUGUAUUUGAUACCUUAAAAACGUCCGACUGGCCUUUAAACUAGGCGACUGAGUGAAUAAUAUUUGAAAGUGGUUUGGUGAAACUUUUAUUUGGAGUGUGCUCUCCAGUUCUCCGCGUGACGUCAAAUUAUGGGACAAAAUUCAUAUUUGGGGAAAAGCGAGAUUCACAUGAUUUCUGAAGUUCUACCUGUCAGUCGAAUAUGUCUUUCAUGCAAAUGCUGGUCAUGUUAAAUACAGCUUCAAAAACCUGACUCUGCAACCUUCACUGUUUUCUGCUUGAGGGGAAACACCUUCAACCUCGUAGUCAAAAGCAGGAGAAAAUGUUAAUGACGAGGUCUUUCAACUUCAGCGUUAGCAACCUCACUCAGGAGACGGAAGACGAGAGCGAGCAGCCGCGCGACGAGCGCCUGGCCAAGGUGGAGAUCGCGCUGCUGAGCGUCAUCUUCGUGAGCGCGGCCGUCCUCAACACGGCGCUGCUGCUGCUGCUCUGGCGGCGACGCAAGCAGGUGUCCCGGAUGCGCGCGUUCGUCUUCCACCUCUGCCUCGCAGAUCUCGUCGUCACGUUCUUUCAAGUUUGCCCGCAGCUCAUGUGGGACAUAACGGACAGAUUCCUGGGUCCAGACGUCGUGUGUCGGCUCAUAAAGUACCUGCAAGUCGUCGGCAUGUUUGCAUCCACCUACAUGAUUGUGGUGAUGACCGUUGACCGCUAUCAGGCAAUAUGCAACCCCAUGGUCACUUUCCAAAGGCGACGCGCGCGCUGGAACGUCCCGAUCUGUGUUGCGUGGGCCGUGUCUCUCAUCGGCAGCGUCCCGCAGAUCUUCAUCUUCUCCCGCGUCCAAGUGGCUCCCGGCGUCUUCGACUGCUGGGCUGACUUCGUGGAACCCUGGGGACUGAAAACGUACGUAACCUGGACCACUUUAGUCAUUUUCGUCCUGCCGAUUUUGACAGUCCUGGUUUGUCAAGUGCGCAUCUGCCGGGCACUGCGGAUAAACUUGUAUUUGAAGACGCGUGACCAGGAGAGCUUCGAGUCGAGCGCUCAGUCCUUACCCUCCAGAGCCAGCAGCGUGACCGGGGUCUCCAGAGCCAGGAUCAAAACGGUGAAGAUGACUGUUGUGAUUGUGGUGGCCUACAUCAUCUGCUGGGCGCCCUUCUUCACCGUGCAGCUGUGGUCCGUGUGGGACCUGAACGCGCCGAAGGAAACUGCGACCUUCACCAUCCUCAUGCUGCUGGCCAGUCUGAACAGCUGCGCGAACCCCUGCAUCUACCUGCUGUUCAGCGGACAGCUGCCCCGCAGGCUGGGGGUGGGGCUCUGCCAGUGGCGGGACCACGGCAAAGGCUCCCUGCGCGAUGAGGGUACGCUGGUGAGCUCCCUCUACCUGAGCUUCAGGAGCCCAUCGGACUCCAGGUGAACCUGUCGGACAUCUCGAUCCCACAUCUGACCUCUGCGUUUUCAAGAGAUCACUGAAGCGCAGCAGACCAUUAUUCCUCUUCGUAUCAACAGCACAUUGAACAAAGAUUACUAAUACUAAGGACUUUAAUCACCACCAAAUGACCUGGCAGGAGAAUUACAAAAAACUGGAAAAAUCAGUCAUCACAGUUGUGGGUUGUCACUGACAGGGAAGGGAGGCAGGAGGUGUAGGUGGUUUGGACCCAAGCGCAGGUGAGGUCAUCCCAGAUCCAACAAACCCAACAAACCCACAGACAAAAUUGGUGGUCAGGGACAGGCGUUGGUUGAUCGGGGUGCAAACGUCGUUUCGGGGGCAAAACAGUUCUCCGAACAAGGGGAAGCAAGCAGAGGUCGAAAGCCAGGUAAACACAGGAACGAGGAGCAGGGUGCAAGGGAUGAAAUGCUGAAUUUGCAACCCAAGGCGUUGGAAGAUUCUGCAACCUUGUGCCAGGAUGGCGCUCCCUCUAUCCCUGGUCUUGUUGAUUGUCACUUGUUGUUGAUGCAGCUGCUUGGCUUGUGGGUGUGACAUGGCUUCUGCAUGAGAAAGCUAAAAAAAGAUCACACAACUGUUUAUCAGAGUUUAAAAGUGUGAUAUGUGAAAACGUAAAUAUUGUAGGUUUGCAUCUACAGUAUUACUACUUAAAAGGAAACGUACGUUGAAAAUUCCUUUAUUUCGU